GGCUGCCAUUCGUAAGCUGUACGGUCGUGAUUGUUGAACACCUUCGCGGAGUUUUUUUUUAAUGUCUGCUUGAGCUCCAUUGUGUAUUGAUUGCAAGCGAGAUUAUACUUGUACAAACUAAGAUUAUCGCGUGGUGAAAAGGGAAGUGCAGUUUUGUUGUCAAAUCGGUUGUACUACCGACACGAACAAACACACUCACGCAUUAGUGUCAGCUCAAAGAUACAGGCUCCGUUCCAGUUAAAGGCCGCGAGUGCUGGUGUUGUACCGUCGACACAGCUUCCCGCGAUCGAUUGAUCCUCCGGGCCAGUCAACCACGGCAAACCACACCACCAACAAACCCAUCUCUACCCAGCAGUAUUUUUUGUAAAGUGAUCAAGCUCCGUUAGCACAGAGCACGGUUUGAUUGAUUGUCGAAAGAAGCGGCGCUGUGCACGGGUGCCACGACGGUUACUUCCUUCCGUUUGUGAGAAGGAAAAUAACUGGUCGAAUUGUUCGUUCCGGUGUUUGCAUCAACCUACGGGGCGCUGCAGUCUUGCUGCGUUCGUCCGUACGAAAGAGUGAUAUUUAUUUUUCGUUUGUCAACGCCUUCGACACUUGUGUUUCUGCUUAGUGUGUUGUCCGUUGGUGUGUUUGCGAGCGCGUGAAAAGGAGUAUCGGGAAGACACAUUCGUGUGUGUGUGUGUGCGAUUCGUUUCCGUUUCCGGCGUUGGUCAUCAUUAUGAAUAUGAUGAACAACAGCAGUGGUGAUGAGCAGGUUGAGUGUCCACUGUGUAUGGAGCCGCUAGAGGUGGAUGAUCUGAACUUCUACCCCUGUACCUGUGGAUAUCAGAUCUGUCGCUUUUGUUGGCACCGGAUCCGCACGGACGAGAAUGAGCUGUGUCCGGCGUGCCGGAAGGCGUACCCGGAAAACCCGGCCGACUUUACGCCCCUGUCGCAGGAGCAGAUUGCGGCGUUCAAGGCGGAGAAACGGCAGCGGGACCAGCAGCGGAGAGCGAAGAUUUCCGAAAACCGCAAACACCUCGCUAAUGUAAGGGUGGUGCAGAAGAAUCUGGUGUUUGUCGUGGGGUUGCCACCUAGAUUGGCCGAUCCGGAGAUUCUGAAGAAACAUGAAUACUUCGGAAAGUAUGGUAAGAUCCAUAAAGUGGUCAUCAACCCUAGUACGACGUAUGCUGGCGUGCAGGGUCCUUCGGCGUCGGCGUACGUGACGUACAUCAACAACAACGACGCGCUGAGGGCGAUCCAAAGCGUGAACAACAUCAUGAUCGAUGGGCGACUGAUAAAGACGAGCUUAGGUACGACGAAGUACUGUAGCCACUUUAUGAAAAACCAAACCUGUCCCAAACCGGACUGUAUGUACUUGCACGAACUGGGUGACCAGGAGGCUAGCUUUACGAAGGAGGAGAUGCACCAGGGGAAGCAUCAAGAGUACGAGAAGCGGUUACACGAUGCCAUGCAGGCGCAGUUAGGUCUGACGUCGGCAGCAGGUCAAAAUGGUCACGGUGGUACCGGCAGCAGCAGCGGCGGCAGUAGUAGUACGGCGACGGCGGCAUCCGGUGGUGGUACGGCCACUGCAACCACGGUCGCCGGACUGGUGUCGUCAACGGCGGCGGCAGUGGUGGCGGCGACGGCAACGACGGCAGCGGCAGCCGUUGCAGCAGGAACAACUGCAGGUGCGUCCUCCACGCUGGUGGUAAAUGGCAGCAGUGCGGGUAGUGCGGGUAGUGGUGGUGGUAGUGGUGACAGUGGUAUACCCAGGUCUGGCAGCGGCGGCACUAGCAACACCACCAGCGGCAGCGUCGGCACUAGAGGCACCAGCAAAUCGUCAUCCAGCAGUGAUAUAAAACAGAUUAGCGACAUUACCAAUGGACCGAUACCGAGCAAAGAAGCGUGGCCCAGCUUAUCGACGACGCCGAACGGCGGCAGCGCACACGGCGGCGGAAGUAGCAAUAAGGAGAAUAAGCUUAACGGUAAAACAGCAGUUAACGGGAGUGGUAGCAGCAACAAGGAAAACACGAAUCGAAGCGACCGAAAGCACGAAACGAAAUCUCGCACUAAAGGCGGCAAGAACAAGCAGCCGCAACAGCAGCAGCAGCAGCAACACAAUAACAAAAAUAGUCACGACAAUUCCAGUAAUCAUAAAGAUAGUACAAGUAACGUGACUAGUGCCAAUGGUGUUGUUGCGACUGCGAAGGGAGGCAGUGCGGCGUUGGCGGUGAACGGCAAGUCAAGCAAGGCUUUGGCGGGCAAACAGCAACGGAACGGUACUAACGAUGAACAUGCGCUAGUAAAUGGCAACAGUAAGGAAGCGCAGAACAAUAGCAAAAACCUCAAGCAGCAGCGCGAACGUGAACGGGAGCAGCUGCUUAAGGGUAGCAGUGAUGGCAGUGAGCAGCAGACACAAACCAAGAAGCGAGAAACGAACGGCAUCAGCAAUGGCUCGACGGCGACCAGCAUUAGCAAUGGGAACGCAAAUGGCCAUAUUAUCAAUAACGAUCUGGACGAUGAUGAUGAUGAGCUGGACUUUGAGGAUCUGGACAAUGACGCGCUGUCGUCGGAUAAUGAUGGCAAAACGGAUUCCCCUUCGUUGAGUAGCUCGGCUUCAUCCCGGAACGGUGUUGACAGUGAAACGGCUAGCGGUAAGAGCACACCAGGCGGCUUUGUCGAUACGCUUACCAAUGGUGACAGCAAUGUGAUAAACGCUGUACCCGAGGAUGACGCCGUUGCAAGCACCACGGAUGGAAGCGAAACGAAUGCCAUACCACCUACAACCAUUGUGGCGGUUGCCGGUGAAUCGAAUCGCAACUCCUCAUCACCGUCGUCCAGCUCGUCGAUGGGCGAUGAAAAGGCGGACAGCGAAAGUACUGCACCGGUCGCCUCGUCAUCCUCUACUACAACGUCGUUGUACGGUGGGUUGGAUGAUGGUACGGAAACGAAUGCGGCUGUGAUCAGUGCGUCUAUGGGCAAACUGGCCGUCACGGACACCACUACAAGUAAUGGUGGUAUCAUGAAUCACCAGUUUGCCAAUGAAUUGCUCGAUAUGAGCAACUUGCGAUACAGUAAGCUCGACAGCAUACUGGAUGACAAUAGCAGCUUUUUCUCGUACAAUGCGUUCGAUCGUUACGGCAAGCCGAGCGUGACGGGCACGGACCUGGGUGUGGAUAGUGGUACCGGUCUGCCGAACGUCGGUUUAACUUCUUCACAACUUCCCGAUCUCUUAAGCGGUACAAACGACACAAACGAACAGCACGCAAAGGAGCUGUUGAAAAACAUGGGCAAUUUGCAGCAGCAGCAGCAGCAGCAGCAACAGCAGCAGCAACAUCAGCAUCACCCCCAACACCAACAGCAUCAGCAGCACCAGCAGCAUCAACAGCAUCUGCUACAGCAGGUCGCACGUUUGCAUCAGCUGUCUGCUGGACUGAUCGGCAGUGUUGGCGAGGGUAACAUGAUGGGUGGUGCUGCCGACGAACUCGAUCCGGCACUCAGCAAAUGUUUAUUACGGCAGAAGUACAUGAUGGAGGAUCAGCAGCAGGAAGAGUGGCUUCGUCUGCAACAGCAGCAGCAGCAGCUACAGCAACAGCAAGAGCAACAGAAACGCAACCACCUGAAUAAUGGACUGAAUGGACUACCGCCAUUCCAUAAUUUUAACGAAUUUGGAACAAAUGAUUUUUGGCACAAAACAGUCGCUAUGCGGAAUAACUUCCUCAGCCAGCAGCAGCAGCAGCAGCAACAACAGCAACACCCGCAGCAACAAAGGCUACACACAGACAUGAGCCAAAUGUACGGUAGCGCCAACAUGUCCAAGCUGAACAAGUUCUUCGACUUUCACAAAAACCAACAACAGCAGCAACAACAGCAAUUUUUACUCAAUGGACAAACUUCAAUCCCACAGCAGGCGGUAGAAAUGAACCUGCUAGCGCUAGAAAACAACCGUCUAAACGGCCAUUUCCUCGAACAACACAACGAAAGUUUAUUAAGCUCUCAGCAGCUUCAAAAGCAGCGGCUGUUUAACAUGAACAUGGGCACACACAACCCGUUGAUAAACGGUAGUGAUCGCUCAAUGCAGCAGCAUAAGGGUGCGGUUGCAUUGCAGCAACAACCACAACCCCAAGCUGGUAAUAGAACUCAACAGCAGCAACAGCAACAGCAGCAGCAGUAUCCCCAAAAUCCUACCGUAGACGAUGAGCUUGGGUUCGACCCGUUCCUGGAGACCCAGAAAGCGCUGGCCGAGUUGAUGAACGAUGAAAUGAAUCAGCAGCAACUGCCACCUAGCGGUGCCAACCACAGUAAGCUGCUGGAAAACGUGCAACAACAGCAGCAGCAGCAGCAGCAACAGCAGCAUCAACAACAACAGCAGCAGCAACGUACCCGUAUGCCCCCACCUGGCUUCAACCACAUGAACGCUUUCGGAUUCGGAGUACCACGGGCACAAGGUAGCAAAAUUUUACCAUUCAUGAACGGCGGUUUACAAAUGCCCAACGGGCAGCAACCGCAACAACCGCCACAGAAUGGCAACUGGAAUCAGCAGAUGCAGCAGCAGCAACCGCAAUUCCUAGGAUACCAGCAAAAUGAGCACAUGGCACAAGCUCAACAGCAAAAUGGACUCAACAAAGCAGCAUAUGGCAAUAAUCUCUCCGACUGGACGUCGAUGGAUCCGGCCAUUGUUUCGUAUCGUCAGUUCUCCUUCAUGAACGGUCCCAAUCAACCGGCCGGGGGUGACAUGUUUCUGAAUGCUCAACAGCAACAGCAGCAACAAAUGAGUCAGCAGCCAAAUCUUCAACCUGGACAAGGUUUUGGACACCAUGGUCUCAACUUGCAGUCGAACCUGAUGGGUCAACAACAGCAACAACAACAGCAGCAGCAGCAGCAGCAGCAGCAGCAGCAACAGCAACAACAGCAAGCAAAUCCACAGCUUAACUUUUCUCAUGUCAACAUAAUCAACAACGAGCGAAACGUUUUCAUGUACGAAGUAGCCAACUGCGGUUUCCCGAACGGCUUCGACAAGUACUCGAUCCCAAUGCCACCGGGCUUUCAGAAUAACGUCCCUGGCAACAACAAGCAGAAGACGGAAUGCAUCAACUAAAACUGGCGGCACUAUUAACAGACACACACAGAAACAAAAACGCAAACACAAGUAAUCACACAUUUCCGAUUGACGCCACGGAGCGCGUGGUACGCGUGGUGGUCAGCAUUAUCAACCAGAGGACCACGGUCACAGCUACAUAGCCAGCCUAAGGCGGACGGGGUUUCCUUUGUUUUUCGUAUAAAACAAAACUAGCCAGAGUUACGUUUUCGGUUCGGUGCGUUGUGCGGUCACUUUCCGAAAAAAAGGCAACGUCCAAUAUAAGUAGUUACACAAACUUCCCGCGUUGUUCCCGCGUACAUGGAUAACAAAAAGAGGAAUGGCGGACAGCAAGCAAGAGCGUACAGUGAGUACUCUAGUCUACGACUUCGUUUAUUUGCAGAAAGCAUUAAAACUCGAAAAAUGAUUUAGACUCUAAACAAAACAGGCAAUAGUGGAACUUAAAAACACAUUUACACCCACGCACUCACAUCACUUUACGGGGUUUUAACUUUCGAUUGAAGCUAAAAUGGAGAGGUUAAGAGAUGGACAGAAAGGAAAGGAAUCGUGAACGUAUGGAAUUGGAAAAGUUAAAGCAAAAGCACUAUUAUCCAUUCGGGUAUGGGUCGUCAUCCGUCUUUUUCCAUGCGUAAAGGACAUACUGAUACGAUACGAAACCGGAUGCGCAUGCACUUAACCCCCUUAUAGUGGAUUGUUGCGGUGGAGAAAGCUUUAAAGGCAAACUCGAUGAGACACAUCAGAGGAAGAAAAGCAAAUUAAGAUUUCAAUCGGUGACUCCGAAAACGGCGUAGAAGUAAUUUCUAAUGGUAAUGAUGCGAUUUCCCUUACGGUUCGAAAGGGAUAUUGGGUCAGAAAGUUAGAUUCGGAAGCUUGAUUUGUGGUUUUGGCCGAACCUCCGUGCCGAGAACCAUAAGAAAAAGCUUAUAUCCGCAUUUAGCCCAUUGAGAUUAGGGAAAACGACCAGGAUGAUGAUUUGGAGAGAGUGAUGUGGAGCCGUUGGUUAAAAUACAUACUAUCCACAGUUUUAUCGGAACACGAGUAGUGCUGUUGUGGGAAACACAAAUUCAAACUACAGUACAAAACUGAAAAGCAAACAAUAUUGACCUUUGACAAAGAUUCCAAAGUAAAUUAUACAUAGUAAAUCAAGAAACUAGGCUAACGUAAGGCAUCGAUCGACAUGCCGUGUAUGGCUUUGUACAGAUGCAAAGGCUUCUUAUCGUUUCUUUUGUUUACCGAGGACACGUGAGCUUUCGUUCACAAUCAUUGUCAAUAGAAUAAUCAAACAAUAUAUACAUAACAAUAUGCACAUUAAAUGGUGCAAUUUAAAUGGGUUGUUUGUGCAGUUGGGAAGAAAGACAAAACUUUGCUUUUAUUUCACACAAUGUCUAUUCAUCUAGUAAAGCAAAAAGCACUGUUACACACACAAUGGUUUAUUCGAUCGAAGAGAAAUAAAUGUAAAAUUAAACCACAGUUUUACGAAACAGAAAAAAAGAGAUGAAACAAUCCAUAUAAAUUGCACCCUGUUAGUGAGUUUUGGCUGUAUUUGUGUAUAUCUGUAAAGAUGAAAUGUGUUUCAAACUCAUAAAACAAGAUGAAUUUUUCUGAGUUUACUCACCUGCUUUUAAAAAUUAAUUCGAAAUUUGAAGUUACUCCUAAAAUAUCAGCCAAGAAGCCCUGCGUCUGUACAAAACUAUCACAUGUUCGGUUGAAGCUGCUUACUAACACAUCUUGCCAUAAGUGCUGGACACAGCACCAAUGUAGCAUUUUUUUGUCUCCUUUUGUUCCCGUUGCGUACUGGAAUAAUGGUUGUGUUCCUUUUUAUUAAUCGUAAAUCGAUUGUAAUUUUAACCCCUGUUUGAAAACAGAUAAUUUCGUUUCAGUGCUAUGUAUGAUGUUGAGAUUUUGCUACAGGAAAAAUGAACACAUAAACCCUCAUAAUAGUGAAAACAUCCAACCAGAAAAUUUGCCAAAUGGUGGAUUGAUGCUACAGCAAGCGUAAUCGGGAGUGUGAUGAUGAAAGUAAUAUAUUACUAUACUUCACAAUUAUUAUUGGUUAUUAUUGAUUACUGAAUUUAUAUUACAAAAACAACACAACAUCCCCAACAGUGAACGGGGACAUAUAAGAUCAUCGUGGGUGAAAUCAUAAUAUGAAAUAUAUAUAUAGAGUUAUAUAUAGUUAUAUACGGCAAAACCUCCAUAAUCAACCACUGCUGCAAAGUUGACGUGAAAUGACAAGCAUGGGAUGCGAUCGUACAUCGAAUGAUCGAUGAAAUUGUUUAUAGUUUAACAUCAUCGCUUAGCUGUGCGCCUUGUAUCGAUUAUACAACUGGCAUCUCCAAAUAGGCAAGAGAUCGGCAGUCUCUUCACACAUUCUCCUAGCAAAAAAGCCUGCAGAAUGCGAUCCUCUGUUAGUAGCCGUUGGAUAAACGCUAAACAGUGAUUAAGCGUUCGGAGGGCGAUCGUAUAAGAUCGGUCCGAUCAUGUCGAUAGCAAACGUUAAGGGUGCAAUAUCGUCUCGAUCGCCCUUUUCCUUCCCCUACCAUACUGGUUGGUGAUAUUUGAAGACGUGAGCAGGAUACUUUAAACCGAUGCUUCUAGUUUCCCCUACAAAUUUCUGUCUAACGGAUGUGUGUAUGGUUCUCUCAAAACGGAGCUAAUCUACUAUAUUCGGUGCGUUGAUCGCAUAGGCACGGAACAGAGAAAACUAAAUGCAUUCUAGGCAGUCAGAAGAUUGCUUGACACAGCAGUUUACUCCGCGAAUCGUUUUUCUUGUUGGAACGGCGAAUGUUAUCUGAGAAAGUGUUGAUUCUGCCCAUUAUCUGCUUUGAAAGGAGCAGCAAGAAAGCUCCAUUUGCAAGCACAUACGCUGUAUGCAAAUGGGAAACUAUAAACCACCAAACAUUCUUCCGCUUAAUGCGCGGACAGAACAUGAGCUGCAACGAUGAGACACAUUAUAAAGAAACAAGGCGUGAUUGUACAUUUAUGCUGCUGUUGAAAUGAGCUGUUACACAGAGCUGCAAAACACAAAACACGUGCGAGCGAAUUGCUGAAGUUGGCGCUGCUAAAUGCGAUUAUAAUGAUGAAACACGAUAAUCCUGCUAUCUACUACUACUGCUACUACUACUACUCACCGCACACAAACACACCCCAUAUGAAAUCGAUGUACGAAAAAGGUAUAGUCGCUCACCGCCGGUUCGAUAUUGAUGCAUUUUUAGAAUGAAAAGCUAAACGCAUCGCAAAUGAAAUGAAGAAGAAAGAGGGAGAAUGAUAAACACAGAGGAAACUCAAAACAAAUUGUAGCAAAUUAAACGCAUCGCCGGAGAGUAGCUAAACGUAAUCGUAAUCGUAAACAGAAAAUAUGUCGUGUGAGGGAGGAACGUACGUGUGUGUCGGUCGUGUCGUGCAGGAAGAAAGAAGGAAGCUAGGCAUGUGUCGGUUUGGACCUCAGCGCGAGGUGAAGAAAAGACGAUAUAAACCGAAGUAUAAAGAAGACACAGAGAUAUAAUACAAAAGAAUGACUACAAAAAAGCUGCAAAAUGGAAAAUAUUAUGGCAGAAAACCAUAAAA